CUCCAUCACUCGUUAAACAUCCUCUAUACCUUAAUUUCGAAUAUUUCUUAUUGUCCAUCUUAGCCCAUUUACCUACUCCGAUUACUACGUCACGAUCCCAUCCCCGACUUGACUCGACCGCUGCAUCCGAUACUCGAUACUCCUUUCCUCCAUCGAUCCUCAGCCAUGCCUACAUAAGGGAAAAGAACAGCUGACUAGCGAAGGAUAUCGGGACUGUAUGCUUGUUAAAAAGGGGAUAAUUUCCGAUGGUUUCAGACCAUACAUGAGCGGCCCGCAACGUCAACGACAGCGACGGCGACGACGACGACGACGACGACGAAGACGAGGACGACGACGUGAAUCCUUCCAGAGUAACCAACCAUGAGGGACGCCGCUGGCCUGACUCCCCGCCAGAUCUGGGCUCAGCCAACCUCCACAACCACUACGAGUUAUCACCCCGGUUGUACGCCGUUUCUCCUCCCACAGCAUGGUUAUAUUCACUUGAACCGGACUGCGACCCUCACCCUGACGCAGAAUGCGGUCUUUGAGCCUCUGUGUACGGGCGAGCCGUCGAAUGUUACGAAUCCUUCUGCCGUACUGGAUACCCGCGACCCCUUUUACUCGUCCGUUACGCCGCAGUUAUAUGCGAUCGGUUGCGCCACUGUUGUCAGCUAUCUUCUCGUUAUCAUCCUUUUGAUUACUCCGCGUACAUAUUACAUUGGUGGUCCCAGCGGUGGCGCGAAUUUUCUGAGUCGACAUGGUAUGCUUGGAGGUUCAUAUAGUGGUGGUUCCUCGACUGUGGGAGUCGGUGGCCGACCAUGGCUUCAAAAAGUUGCUGCAAUAUUGGUUGCCAUCUCGUUGACCAUCGCGAGUGCGGACUCGUUCAAGGUCGCUGAGAGGCAGUAUAUAUACGGAUACUCGGACGCUGAAGCACUAACUGCAGAGGUUAUUGAUGGGAACGAAAUUCGAAUAGUUCGCGUCAUAUCCAGCACCUUCCUCUGGCUUGCUCAGGUCCAAACGUUGAUUCGAUUAUUCCCGCGACACAAAGAAAAAGUCAUGAUCAAAUGGGCUGGUUUUGCAUUAAUCGUGUUGGAUACGACUUUUAGCAUUCUCGAGAACUUCCUUGUGAAAUCCAAUACUACGCGACCACGGUUAUACGACGAUGCGAUUCCUGCGCUCAGUUACCUAUUCGAACUUUCCCUGAACUUGCUCUAUGCCGCAUGGGUUAUCUUUUAUUCCUUAUCGAAACAUCGAUUCGCGUUCUUUCACCCGAAGAUGAAAAAUAUAUGCCUGGUAGCCCUGUUAUCGCUCUGCGCCGUGUUAACCCCGGUUGUGUUUUUCGUAUUGGACAUCGCAAAACCCGACGUGGCUGGCUGGGGUAGUUACAUCCGGUGGGUUGGAUCUGCCGCAGCGAGUGUCGUGGUCUGGGAAUGGGUGGAACGGAUCGAGGCCUUGGAGCGCGAUGAAAGGAAGGAUGGAAUUCUCGGAAGAGAGAUCUUUGACGGCGAUGAAAUGUUGGAGAUUACGCCAUCUGAAGAAGUCGAUUGGCCGCGCCAAACCUACAAUGGGAACAAUCGAGGCGGUGGUACAGGGGCAUCGUCAGGAUGGGGAGGCAUGAUGGGCUUAGCACAUCAUCCGCUGCGAACCCGAAAUAAUGGACAUGGAAGACAGGCUGGCCCACAGAGUCAAACAUACGCCCUCUUUGCCGAGUCACGACGCCGGAGAGCAGCCCGGCCCACUCCACCACCGGUAGCGGUCACGCCUGUCAGUCGGGCAGACACCAACAGUGCAGCGAGCACAGUGUAUAAUGUCCGCUAUCACCCUGUUUCGAGUCCCACCCCGCCGGUGAUGAUGCCUUAUAUGGAAGAGGAGGAGGAAACGGAUUGGCCCAAAGAGGAGGAUAUCAGACAGCAUAAUGAUCAUUCCGGCGAAGCUCUCACGGCGCAACAGCAUCGAGACGGGCUGACCCAAACCGUCCACACGGAUCCACGGUGGCGGAGUCUAUUGAACCCAUUCAAACGAAGACGUGCGUCUCCGCCAAGGGAAGUCGCCUCCGCACAGGCAGAGCAUCCCGAGGAGGAGAAAGAGUCAGAUUUCUCCGAAAACGAGGGGCACGAACAGCAGCCCAAUGUCCCGCGCAGAGACAAUCAUUUCUUCCCUUUCAACCGCAAAAGAGGUCCUGCAAGCGGACGACAAGCUGCUGAUGCAUCCUUGCCGGUCACCGUCAUUCCUGCCCGGAAUCAGGGACAAAGCACCUGGUCGGCGCAGUUAUUCAAUGACUCCAGUCUUCUUGAACAGGACCGUCGUCCAGCCUCCAGCCACCCGGCUUCCGGUCAUUCUAAUCUACCCGUGAGGGUUCCAUCGCAGACGCGGGUCGCUCCGCCAUGGGCAACCGACGAUAAUGCCAACCAUUAUGAACUGCGCUAUGACCCCGAAGCGGCGGCUCUGGUCGGGCCCGAUGACCAUUUUCCAGAGCAUCUUUCUGCAAAUCACACACAGGAUGCGUCUCAAGCUUCUGAGGGGGUGGGUUCUGAUCAGACGGUCUACCAACCUACACCACAGCGGCCGGGUCAGGAACGCGGGCGAUCUUUCGGUCAUUUCGGCGCAGGAUAAAAGCGCGACGAGUGAGGAUAUUUCCAGCUAUCGUCAUGAUUAAUUGAUUAUAUCGGGGUUUUGGGAGGAACGGUUUUUCUUAUCUUGGAGUAUUGGGAUUUUGACAGCUAGAUUCAAGUGAUACCCAGUGACUGGCGCGUUCUUUCUUUUCAAGGGUUAUUUCUGUGGUAUAUACGGGAUUUUAUAUUCUCAACUUGUCGAUGUCUUUCUAUACUAUAAUUUCUUUAACGACUUUUCAACUAUAUACUUUUUUGCUAUCUUGAACUGGGAUCUGAGAUCUAUACAAGGCGGUGUGAGCUUAACAGACGGUCAGAGAACCCGAUGCUGCA